AUGAAUGAUAUUAUAAAAAAUAUUAAGGAACUAUUAGGAACCGAUGAAGAUAUAGAUUUAAAUAAUGUUAUAGAUAUCCGAAAAGAAUGUUCCUCCUUUCAACAAUUUAGAAAAAAAAUCAACAUUUCUCAACUAUCAAUAGCACCAGAUAAAAUAAAUAAACUAUUUAUUCUAAUUUCUCUGCUAGUAAAAAACGAGAUAUAUGAAACUAGUGAUAUAUCUUGGCAGAAAAAAAUUCAAGGUAUUGUAAAGAGAGAAUUAAAAUUACAGGAUAACGAAGACAUAGUUAAUGUAACAGAUUUUAUUAUAGACAUUUUGAACAAAACUAAUGAUGAAGCACAUUUUAAGAAUGAAAUGAUUAGAAUGGAAAGUGGGCUAGCAGAUUCUACAUUAUCAAGCAUUUAUUCGUUGUAUUUGAAAGGAAAGAACUUACCUGCUAUUUCUAAUGAUAACAAAGUCACACAACUAGCUUCUACUGAUAAAAUCAAGUUAGAAGAAGAGAAAAGUACCAGUUUGGACUUACCAAAUGAACCAGUUCAAUGGGAGGAUCUUUCAGAUGUGAGUGAUCUGUUUGGAGGUAAUAGUUCUAAAGCAAAUGAGAUAAGUAUAGACGAUCAAGCCACUUUAUACCAUAUAUAUGUAGGAAUUAUCACAAAAGUAACAAAAUUUGGUUGUUUUGUUCGUAUCUUAAAUGUCAAGAAACAUCAUUGUGAAGGGUUAGUUCAUGUUUCUGAAAUACCUCACACAGAGAGGGCAAACAAUCCAAUUAAUCGGUUUCAUAAGAACCAACAAAUCUAUGUACAAGUAGUGAAAAUCCAUCCUAAUGGCAAAAUAUCUCUCUCAAUGAAAAAUCUAGAUCAGACUACCGGUAAGAUUAUUUCUCCAUGUACCAAUAUUCUGGAAGAAGAGAGAGGAAGAAAACGAGAAAGAGAAAAUAAUACAAAUUCGGAAAAGAAAUUUGCUAUUACUAAGAGGAAACUAACAUCCCCAGAAAGGUGGGAAAUUCGCCAAUUAAUUGCCAGUGGUACUGUGUCUAGUGAAGAAUAUCCUGAACUUAAUACAACUGCUAAAGAUGGUGAUACUGUUAAUAAUACUUCUGAUACAGAUGCUAAUGAUAAAUAUUUAGAUGUUGAACUCAAUUUGAACGACAAACCUGCAUUUUUGAAACAUGAAAAGUCAUUAAGUAUGAAAAAAUUUGACAUGUCCAAAAUUGUCAAAGUACCAAAGAGUUCAAUGAAUAGAGCAGCAAUGAAUGGUUCGAAGACAAUGAAGGAGCACAGAGAAGAAAAAAUUCAAAAAAGAAAGAAUAUUGAACAGUUAAUAAGGGAAAAAAGAAAUUUAAAUGAUCCCACAAAGAAUCCUCAACAGAUUAAACAAGAAAUAGAAGACCUUAAGAAACAAUUGGUUGUUACUUCAUGGGAAAAAAAGAGACAAAAAGAAAAAGUACGUUUCGGCAAACCCACCUCACUCCCAAUCAGUGAUCAAAGAAAGAAUCUUCCAGUGUUUACUAUGAGAAAUGAGUUGAUUAAAGCUAUCAAAGAUAAUCAAUUCUUGGUGAUCGUGGGUGAGACAGGUUCUGGUAAAACCACGCAAAUAACACAAUACUUGGAUGAAGAAAGGUUCAGUAACAGCGGAAUGAUCGGAUGUACACAGCCGCGUAGAGUUGCUGCUAUCUCCGUUGCUAAAAGAGUUGCUGAAGAAAUGAAUUGUAAACUUGGCGAAGAAGUUGGUUAUUCAAUUCGUUUCGAAGAACGAACCUCACACAGAACGAGAAUAAAAUAUAUGACAGAUGGUAUGCUACAAAGAGAGGCAUUAUUGGAUCCAUUAAUGUCAAAAUAUUCCGUUAUAAUGUUAGAUGAAGCACACGAAAGAACUGUCGCUACUGAUAUUCUAUUUGCCCUUCUCAAAAAGGCUGCAAUGAAAAGACCCGAAUUAAAAGUUAUUAUCACUUCUGCAACAUUAAAUUCUUCCAAAUUCUCUAAGUAUUUCAACGAUUGUCCAAUUAUUAAUAUCCCUGGUAAGACAUUCCCAGUCGAGGUCCUUUAUUCACAGAGUCCACAGAUGGAUUAUAUUGAAGCAGCAUUGGAAUGUGUAUUAAAUAUUCAUAUAAAUGAGGGACCAGGUGAUAUUCUUGUAUUUUUGACAGGUCAAGAGGAAAUCGACUCUUGUUGUGAAAUACUUUAUGAAAGAGUCAAAACUUUGGGUGAUGCUAUGGACGAAUUAUUAAUUUUACCUGUAUAUUCUGCUUUGCCUAGUGAAAUACAAUCUAAAAUAUUUGAACCGACUCCAGAAGGAAGUCGUAAAGUAAUAUUUGCUACGAAUAUUGCAGAAACAUCAAUUACUAUUGAUGGUAUUUAUUACGUUGUAGAUCCAGGGUUUGCCAAGAUCAAUACAUAUAAUCCUAAAACAGGUAUGGAACAAUUGAUUAUAUGCCCGAUUUCUCAAGCACAAGCAAAUCAAAGAAAAGGAAGGGCCGGUAGAACAGGACCAGGUAAAUGUUAUAGACUUUAUACUGAAUCAGCUUUUUAUAAUGAAAUGCUACCAAACAGUGUCCCUGAAAUACAAAGACAGAACUUGUCUAACACAAUUUUAAUGCUAAAAGCUAUGGGAAUUAAUGAUUUAUUGAAUUUUGAUUUUAUGGACCCUCCUCCAAGAAGUUUAAUGGUAUAUGCUCUGAACGAAUUAUUCAAUCUUGACGCACUAGAUACUGAUGGAUACAUAACUAAGCUAGGGCAACGGAUGUCUCAGUUUCCAAUGGACCCCACAUUAUCAAGAUCUCUAUUAGCAUCCGUAACUAAUGGAUGCUCGGAGGAGAUAAUAACUAUUAUUUCUAUGUUGUCAAUUCAGAAUGUAUUUUUUAGACCAAAAAAUAAACAACAAAUAGCAGAUAGUAGGAAAGCAAGAUUCCAUCAUCCCUAUGGAGAUCACUUAACUUUAUUAAAUGUCUAUACCCAGUGGGAUUUAGCUGGUCGUUCAGAUCAAUUUUGUGAGAUAAACUUUCUUCAUGCCAGGCAUUUAAAAAGAGCAAGAGAUAUCAAGAUCCAAAUAACCGAUAUAUUUAGAAAGAAUAAUAUACCAAUAACAAAAUGUUAUGGUGACCCUGAUUUAAUAAGAAAAACAUUAUUGACAGGCUUUUUUAUGAAUGCUGCUAAAAGGGAUUCUACUGUGGGAUAUAAAACUAUAUUGGGUAAUACCAUUGUAGGUAUUCAUCCCUCAAGUGCCUUAUGUGGAAGAGAUUAUGACUAUGUUAUGUACCAUAGUUUAAUUUUAACAAGUCGUGAAUACAUGUCUCAUGUGACUUGUAUCAACCCAGAAUGGCUUGUCGAAUGUGCUCCGCAUUUCUAUAAAGUUACAGAUGCCAACAGCAGAUCAAGAAAGAAGGCAAGGAUUAUGCCAUUACACAAUAGAUUCUCCAAAGAUCAAAAUUCAUGGAGAUUAAGUUCCAUUAGACAAUCAAGAGAAAAGGCAUUGGGUAUUAAAAGAUAA